AUGGCUGCCAUGACUCAGAUGUCCCGCUGCGUCCUGGGUGCUAGGCCUGUCGCCCCAUCGUUCACCUCCCUCCGCCCUAGGACGCUGGUCACCAGCGCCGCUCGCGGCCUCUGGCUGCCAGACACAGAGCCCCCGGCUCAUCUGAAGGGGGAGCUCGCUGGGGACCGUGGAUUUGACCCGCUCGGCCUUGGAUCGGAACCCGAGAGGCUCAAGUGGUACACCGAGGCAGAGAAGACCAACGGCAGGUGGGCCAUGGCUGGUGUUGCUGGAAUCCUUGGCCAGGAGCUGUUGGGUGUGCAGCCCAAGUGGUUUGAGGCAGGUGCCAAGGACUACGGCUUCCCUCCCCUGGCCCUGAUCUCCCUGGAGUUCCUGCUCCUGGGCUUCCUCGAGCUCAAGAGGUACCAGGGCUUCAAGAAGACCGGCAAGUCUGGCUUCCUGGACUCCUUCCCCUUCGACCCUGCCAACCUGGACUCUGAGGCCAACGCCGAGAAGGAGAUCAAGAACGGCCGUCUUGCCAUGGUUGCGUUUGUUGGAUUUGUCGGUGCUGCUCUGGUGUGCCGUCAGGGCCCCAUUGAGGCCCUCCAGUCCCACCUGUCAGACCCCUUCAGCAACAACAUCAUCGGCAGCAUUGCCAGGCUUCCAGAGACCAUUGGAGCCACAUUCCCAGCUGCGGCACCGCCUGCUCUGGAGUAA